CAUCCACAUGUCCCAUCUCCGUUCCUCUCUCCAACACAAUCUUAAAUUAUUCAGAUUCCACACACCUAUACUUACACCAUUCCCCAAACCCCCUCUCUCUCCACAAUGUUAAACUCAUCUCUCUCCCAUCUCUCCCAUCUCUCUCCCGUUCAAUGGCAUCCUUAACUCCAGGCACUCUCUCCUCUCUCCUCUCUCCCACCCCUUCAAAACCCACCUCCCACCACCGCUCAUCUCUCCUCCAAAUCAUCGCCAUCGUCCCCUCCUUCAACAACACCGACACCAUCUUCCCCAACAAGGGCUUCUUCAUCCGGGUCUCCGACUCGCUCCACUCGGCCUACGUGUCGGUGUCCGAAAAAGACGCGGAGCUGAUUUUAGGGGACAAGAUUCAGCUGGGUCAGUUCGUGUACGUGGAGGGGCUGGAUGGGGGAGCGCCGGUGCCGGUGGUGAGGGGGCUGAAAGUGGUGCCGAAGAGGAGGGAGUGUGUGGGGAGCCCGGUGGAUUUGAUUGGGAGUGAGGUGCUGGUGGGGAAGAAGGAGAAGAAGGGGGGGAGGAGAGUGAGUUUGGGGGGUGGGAAGAGUGAUGGGGGGGUGGAGAUGAGGAGGUUGAGUCUGGAUUCGAGUAGGAAAGGGUGGGAUAGGAAUCUUCUUGGGAAGUAUGGGGGUGCUGGGAGGCCUGGAUCUUCUCAUUCUUCUGCUUCUAUUCUUGCAAGUAAAACAGCUUCCUAUGAAAAGAAUUCAACACUCAUGCAACGAAGUUUCUCACCACUUAAGCAAGCUCUUUCUCAUAGAAAAUCGUUUUCGGAGAAAGAUUUAAUUGGAAAGGCUCCAAGUCCAAGAAUUUCGCCUCUUAAGCAAGUUAUCCCACAUAGAAAAUCUGUGUCGGAGAGAGAUUUAACAGUAAAGCCUCCUAGUCCUAGAAUUUCACCUCUUAAACAAGUUCUCCCAAAUAGAAAAUCCUUGUCGGAUAAAAAUACAUUUAGGCCUCCAAGUCCUAGGAAUUCGCCUCGUCAACAUGGUCUUACCAACAAAAAUGGUGCUUCAGAGAGGGAUUCAGCUUCUAAGCAUUCAAGUUCAAACCUUUCUCAAUCUAAACAUGUUCCCCCAAGCACAAACCAGUUGUCUGAAAAGAAAUCAACACAUAAGCCUCUAAACAUCGGUGUUUCACCUCUACAAAACAAGAACGUGAAUGAUUCGCCAAGUCCUGUCAGCAAGCCUAUUAGAAAAGACAUAAAGCAGUCAACAGAUGGCACAAAUUUGGGUCAUCUCUUCAAGGUUCCCCUCAGUCUCAAAACUUUGUCUGACGCAAAGAUAUUGUGGGGUUCUCUUCCAUCUACAAUCCAUGAUCUAGGAAAGGAAGUUGUGUCUCGUAGAAAUUCUCAGUUUGUGGCUGCUGUAUAUGCAUUACAAGAGACGUCAGCCACAGAGAAUGUCCUUCAAUGUAUGAGAAUGUUUGCAGAACUAUGCGAGUCAUCUGAAAAAGAAUCUUCAUUACCUCUUGUUGAAGAAUUUUUGGACCUCCACCAGAAUAUGCAUAGAGUAGCUACUGUUAUUAAUGGCUUGAGAUUCCCUGAAGAGAGUAGCUUGCAGUGUGCACUCCCAGAAGCAUAUAAAAAUUUCGCAGACCAGAAUGCUUUACAUUGGGUUCAAGCUGCUGUCCAGAGCAAUCUUUCCAAAUUUAAUUUGUAUACCAAGGAAGAUAAGAGGGGUGACAUCAAUGCUGAGAAAUGCCAUUUUGUUAUUUUAGAAAAUACUACGACAAAAGUCGACGUAGAAAAUCAUUCACCUGAUAAGAAGCAAAGUCCAAGAAACCAAAGAGCUGUUGUCUCCGGUUCAAGUUCGAAGACAUCUUCACCAUAUAAUUCAAAACCACGUCUCUCAACAACUAGAAAAGCAACCAACGAAAGCGAAGUGUGGUCAAAAGGUAAUGGAUUGCAGGUGGCAGCCAGUCUAGCGGAAAAAUUGAUCUCAGCAUCACAAGCAUGGUUUUUAGACUAUUUAGAUGCUUCACUUCAGAAAGAAUUUGGAUUACAAAAAGGAGAAAUGGACGCAGAGAUUGCAUGUCUUCUGGGGCAGCUCAAAAGGGUUAAUCAGUGGUUGGAAGACUCGUUGACGAAUGGGAGUGGGACUAAUGAGAGGAUAGAAGGCUUAAAGAAAAAAAUAUACGGGUUCCUGCUGAACAAUGUUGAUGCAGCUGUUGUGCAAACUGGUAGUUAGCUAAGCGCGGCGUACAAAUUACUGACAAAUGAUUGAUGAUUAAAAAACCUUCAUGCCUAAAUCUAACUGUAGCAUCUUUGAAAUCUCGUUUUUCUCGUUUUCUAGGUUCACUCUGUUGAAAUCUUGAGAAAAGCUAACUGUUAGAGAAACAGAAUUAGUUUUUGGCCACCAUAUUUCAAGAAGUGUACAGGUGAAAUGUUCUACUUACUCUUUUAUUCUUCA